AUGAUCACGGGCACUGUCGAGGGAAUGCAAAUAUCUAGCAGUAACAGACAUGAGGAAAAUAUUACUCAGAAAAUGGAUGUCAUCAAACAUCAGGCCAAACUUUGCAGAGAACGUAUCCUACAAGCCACCAAAGAACUCAAGAAGCAACUCGAAAAAAUCAUCGAUGAAGAAGUCACCCGCACUGUCACCGACCUCAACUCAAACCCCACCACAAAACCUCUCAUCAGCAUCGAGCCAGAACCUCUCAAAGCCUUCCUUGCCGAAAAGGCAAAAGACAGAGCCGAUGCCAUAUUCGAUGACGCUCUAAUGACAGAGAUCAGGAACAGAGUCAAGGCUCAGAUCAACAAGGCUCUGAUGGAGGAUUUCGAGGAGUUUCACAGAAAGCAGACGGAGGUGUUGAGACAGCAUCUCGAGAGCGAUAACGCUGCAGCCGAUCUAGAUGAUGCAGUCAUCAUUGUAGGUGGUGCUUGAUAUCGCCAACGAGAUUGAAAAGAAAACGCCGCUCAGCAGAGCAAUAGCGAAAAGAGAGCAAGCUUACCUCCCGAGUCG